CUGGUCCGGCCUCCCCGCCAAAGCGGCGGGGAGGGGGCCAAGCCCGGGCCCCUCUCAGGCAAUAGGAUGGGUGAGGAGGACGGGGCGACUCGCCGGCGCCGCCGCAAGAGGAGCUGCAGCAGGAUGGAACUGAACGAUGACAGCAUGUUGACUAAUGAGCCAGAGUGAACAGCCCCUGAACUGUGAUUGUUACUUGCCUGGACUAUGAACUGAGGCCUUGACUUUGGGUUGUAAGACCUUUUCCAAGUGACUCCAGAGAGCUGGUAGAACAGCCAUGGCCUUCUUUACUCCAUGGAAGUUGUCCUCUCAGAAACUUGGUUUCUUUCUAGUGACAUUUGGCUUCAUUUGGGGCAUGAUGCUCCUUCAUUUUACAAUCCAGCAGAAGACUCAGCAUGAAAGCAGUUCAGUGCUUCGUGAACAAAUACUGGACCUCAGCAAAAGAUACAUAAAAGCACUGGCAGAAGAGAAUAGGAAUGUGGUGGAUGGGCCUUACGUUGGAACCAUGACUGCAUACGAUCUGAAGAAAACACUUGCUGUCCUUCUGGAUAAUAUCCUACAGCGAAUUGGAAAGCUUGAGUCUAAAGUGGAGAACCUUGUAAUUAAUGGCACAGGUGCAAACUCCACAAACAGUACUGCCACCGCUACUCCCAGUUCAGGAACAGCUGAAAAGCUCAAUGUUGCAGAUCUCAUUAAUGGAGCCCAGGAACAGUGUGAACUGCCUCCCAUGGAUGGUUUUCCCCACUGUGAGGGCAAAAUAAAAUGGAUGAAAGAUAUGUGGCGAUCCGAUCCUUGUUACGCAAGUUAUGGUGUCGAUGGGUCCACAUGCUCCUUCUUUAUUUACCUCAGUGAGGUUGAAAACUGGUGUCCUCGUUUACCCUGGAGAGCAAAAAAUCCUAAUGAAGAAACUGAUCAAAAGACAAUGGCUGAAAUAAGAACGAAUUUUGAUUUGCUAUACAAAAUGAUGUCCAGACAUGAAGAAUUCCGGUGGAUGAUGCUGCGAAUAAGGAGGAUGGCUGAUACCUGGAUAGAAGCAAUUAAAUCACUUGCCGAAAAACAACACUUGGAAAAGAGAAAACGGAAAAAAGUCCUUGUUCAUCUGGGACUCCUAACAAAAGAAUCUGGGUUCAAGAUUGCAGAGAACGCCUUUAGUGGUGGCCCACUUGGUGAAUUAGUCCAGUGGAGUGAUUUAAUUACAUCUCUCUAUUUACUGGGCCAUGACAUAAGGAUUUCAGCUUCAUUGGCAGAACUCAAGGAGAUUAUGAAAAAGGUUGUUGGUAAUAGAUCUGGCUGCCCUACACAAGGGGAUAAAGUAGUAGAACUUAUUUACAUUGACAUUGUUGGGCUCACUCAAUUUAAGAAAACCCUUGGACCAUCCUGGGUUCACUAUCAGUGCAUGUUACGAGUGCUAGAUUCAUUUGGGACUGAACCAGAGUUUAACCAUGCUCAUUAUGCGCAAUCUAAAGGCCACAAAACACCAUGGGGGAAAUGGAACCUUAAUCCACAACAGUUCUAUACAAUGUUUCCUCAUACUCCAGACAAUAGUUUCCUUGGCUUUGUCGUGGAACAAUAUCUGAAUUCCAGUGACAUCAAGCACUUCAAUGUCAUUAAAAGGCAGAAUCAGUCUCUUGUUUACGGCAAAGUUGAUAACUUCUGGAAGGAUAAGAAGCCUUAUUUGGACGUCAUUCACACCUAUACUGAAGUCCACGGAACUGUCCACGGGACAAGUACUGUCCACAUGCCCAGCUACGUUAAAAAUCAUGGCAUCCUCAGCGGGCGGGAUUUACAGUUCCUUCUAAGAGGGACAAAACUCUUUGUGGGCCUUGGUUUUCCAUACGAGGGGCCUGCUCCUCUAGAGGCCAUUGCAAAUGGAUGCGCAUUUCUGAAUCCAAAGUUUAAUCCACCCAAAAGCAGCAAAAACACAGAUUUCUUCAAAGGGAAGCCGACCCUCCGAGAGUUGACAUCUCAACACCCCUAUGCUGAAGUCUACAUUGGGAGGCCUCAUGUUUGGACUGUAAACAUCAACGAUCUUUCUGAAGUUGAGAAGGCAGUUAAAGCGAUUUUGAGUCAAAAGAUUGAACCUUACUUGCCCUUUGAAUUCACAUGUGAAGGAAUGCUCCAGAGAAUGAACGUUUUCAUAGAGAAACAGGAUUUCUGCCAUGGGCAAGUGAUGUGGCCCCCGCUAAGUGCCCUUCAGGUUAAAAUUGCUGCGACUGGGAAAUCAUGUAAGCAGGUUUGUCAAGAAAGUCAGCUCAUCUGCGAGCCAUCUUUUUUCCAGCACCUAAACAAGGACAAAGACCUCUUGAAAUACAACAUUGAAUGUCAUACAGUUGAAUCUGCAAAUGAUAUUCUAGUCCCAUCUUUUGAUGAAAAGAAAAAGCACUGUGUUUUCCAGGGUGAUCUCUUGUUGUUCAGCUGUGCAGGAUCUCAUCCAAACCAUAAAAGAAUCUGUCCUUGUAGAGACUACCUUAAAGGACAAGUUGCACUUUGUAAAGACUGUCUAUAGCAGCAAGUGACAUGACUUUAUGGACAAAAGAGCAGGUGGUUUGGAGAGAGCUACUGGCAUUUCUUGCACUUUGCUACAGCAGGCAGAAAAAAUGCUGAAGACCAGAAAUCUGUACCAAGAUGGAGUAGACGAGCGAUUAAAAAAAAAUCUCAAAAUGAUUUUUAUUUUUCCUAAGUGAGCAACGCCAGAAAAGCUCAUAAGAGAUCUUUUUCUUUACUUAAGGAGAUGACGAAUGAAGUUUAACACUUUAUAAGAAGUAAAACAAGAGUUUGAGUUCUGUUGGGUUUAUUUCCCCAACAAUUCAUUAUGUUCAACAACUUUUCUGAAUAUUGUUUCCACUACAAAAACAAAAAAAAAGGGUUCUGGAAGAGUUUGG